UUCGAAUUCAAAAUUACUGAACUCAAUUGAGAGAAGCAAACAGAAACAGAAACAGAAACCGAAAGAAAGAUGAAGACAGCAACUGUAAGCUCGGGUUGUUUCCGUGCGUACUCUCCUGCAUUCCUUCAAUAUCCAAACCAUAUUAAACCAACAAUAUCAAAUUCCAAUAUGAAAUCAUCAAAGUUUAAUCGAAUUGUAAAAUCAGAAAUUGAAAUUAGGGUUUGUGUAAAUAAAGCAUGUAGCAAACAAGGAUCAAGAGAAACCUUAGAAAUUUUAUCCGGUAUUUCACCACCGAAUAUAAUCAUAAAAUCAUGUGGUUGUUUAGGUAAAUGUGGAUCCGGUCCGAAUCUCGUUGUUUUACCUGAAGGUGUUUUAGUUAGUCAUGUUGGUACUCCCAUGAAAACUGCUCAAGUACUUGCUUGUUUUAGUACUGCAAAGGAAAAUGAUCCUCAAAACAAUCUUAAAUCACUUGCUUUGAGAAAAAAAGCUGAUGCUGAAUUGGAUAACAAGAAUUACGAACAAGCUCUGGUUUUGCUUUCUCAGGCAGCUGAGCUUAAACCUUUUGGCGGCUUGCAUCUUAUAUAUAAAAGCAGGCUUAUAUUUGCCAAGGUGAUGCUUUUUUAGAGAUGGAAGAAUUUGAUGCAGCUGAAAAGUCUUAUUCAUCUGCUUUACAGACUGACCCCUCCAUUCGUCGAUCAAAAUCCUUCAAGGCUCGGAUUGCGAAACUUCAUGAGAAACUUGCUGCUGCAGAUUUGCCUUAAACCUCGAUAUAUCAUUGAUAUUGCAAGGCUUCAUUGUAUGAUGGAUCCACCAUAGAACAAAUGAUCAGCCAUUCCGCAGAUAAACCAAAUGCGACCAACCUUCGCCAAAGCUACUGUGUCAUUUCCAUUUCGAGAUUCUCCCAGGUUUGGUUCCUUCAAACAUUUAUCAUAUGCAGUUGCAUUUACUUGUAUUACACUGUGUAGCCCACCGUCAUAGUUGAACACUGUCAGGUAGAAUGAAAUAGUUAGUUCUACUGCAUAUAUACAAAUCAAUUUCAUUUGUGAAACUACUGGUUGCUGACACUUGAGUCUGCAAAUGUACAAUAUAUGCAAAAGUGAUGUUCAUUACCUACAUGCUACAUAAGAACUUUUCUCUUUUGUGCCACUGGUAGGCCCAAAAGGUAUUUGACUUCGGCCUAAUAGCCAUAGGACAUGAUCAGUUAUGGCUGGUUCUCAGAAACAUGUUCUUGGCCCCAAUAUUGUUACACGACUCUAACACGUUCUGAAUCAUAUCCGUUACAUUCAAGAAAAACGAUGUUGGAUUCUACUGUUUUGUGUAUGUGCUCAUAUCUUUAAUUUUCUCAUGUUGGUUUUAAUAAACGGAAGGACUUGAUAGCUUAGGGGUAAAACCGAUCCUGAACCAUAAAGUUUUAAAUAACGCGUGAAAUUGCACCGUGUCUUAUUGCUCAUCCUUGUAGCUCCUAUGUGUGUCUUUUAUCUGAUGGGCCAAUAUCAAUCUUUUAUUCCUAAAUCAGCCGUUUUGGAUUUUUUCUCAGAAGUGAAACCAUCCUUUCAAAAGCAUGAUAGCUUCCUUGACCAUUGAUUUUUUAUAUUUACUCUUGACGUUGCAACAGGGUUAACUGGCUUAUAUUCAGUUACAUCUACAUGUUCUAGUUGGUAGUUUGAAAAUUAGUCAUGUGGAUUAUCCUUAUGUGACUUCCACUUUGCCUUGCACAAAUGUGGUGCAACAACACGUGGUACAAUAUAUCAAUAAUUCACUUCUCUUUGUUUAAGAAAAUCCUCAUGUCCAAUUGAACUGGACAAGAGCAUAAAGGUAGGUUAGGGUGUCCAAUUGAACAGGACAAGAACAUAAAAUUAGGUAAAGCUUUUAAAUGCUUACCAAGAUUAUCUCCAACAUGAAAUGUUUUUCCUUGGGCCCAAUCAGUGUAGUUGGAGUAAGAAUUCCAUCCGUCAAUAUCUCCAACUGUAUAAGUCUCUGCACUUGCACCAAGAAGCAAUGCAGCAGAAACUAGGAAAAGAUGAAGAAGAAAGCUUAGGUUAGUGUUCAUUUUUGCGAAGAAUUGAGAUCUGCACUUACUUUUUCACAGCUGUGUUGUUUCCUGUUCUUGGUAAAUACUACUAGAUAGUUAGCAAUAAAGUGAAUGAAUGGAAAUGUAAAAUGUUGCACAUAAAAGAGUGGCUAUUAAGGGCGAUUAGUAGUUGGGUGGGAGAGUCAUGUGAUUUUGAUUGGUUAUUAAGUGAAGUUUUUUUAUUGAAUAUUGUACAUUUUAUUCAAAGAAAUGUCUUCCUAAUUAUUUCUUGUUAAGUGCCAUCUGAAAGA